CCCUCCACCCGUCCUCCAUUAAUCUCGUCGAGCCUGAGAAGACCAUUCGCAGGGCGAGCGAAAUCUACACGAGCUUGAAGAUUGUUCUCACGAUCCAUCCCAAUUCGCAUUCGGCUCGCCAUCUCCUCCAUUCCUUCGCAAGCUUCUUUUCUUGGAGUCACGCGCGGAGCUCCUUCUUCCUUCGAUCGUCAAAACGCCGAAAGGGCUUCUUCUUCCUCCGAUUGUCCAAGCCGCAAGGACCUUCUUUCUCCUUUGAUCGUCCAAACCGUGAAAGGGUUUCUUCUUCCUCUGACUGUCCAAGCCGCAAGGAUCUCUCCCUUCUCAGUUUGUUUGAUAUGGCUCCAGAAACCCGUUCAGCAGCUCAUCCAACAAAGGUUCUGCAUUCUACUUCUGAAUUCAAGCGAUGGGGUAGGAAGUACCCUUUCAUCAGAUAUGGCUUGCCCCUCAUUUCGCUCACUGUGCUGGGUUCAGUCGGUCUUGCUCAUCUCAUACGGGGCAGCAAAGAAGUAACAAAAGAGAAAGAUGAUCUAGAGUGGGAUAUUAUAGAAACAACCAAAGCAUUGACAAGAACUGGCCCUACAAUGGCUUAUAAUCCAAAGAAACUUUCAUUGGAAGAGGAGCUGAAGGCUUUGCAAGAGAAGGUUGACAUUAACAACUAUGAAUACAAGAGGAUUCCGAGGCCAAAGGAGGUGAACUAAAUUAGUAUGUAAGUGAUAGAAGUUAUGUGAGGAUUUUAUUUAUUUCCUGUUGUUUCCUAUUUAUGUAUUUCUUUUUAUUUUCGGCUAGUAAUAGGAGUUUUUGUUUUUAAUUUAUUUGAUUUGAUUUUUAUAAUCUUGGAGAAAUGAGUGUUAUUUCUUUUCCAAGUUUAUGUUGUAUGUAAGCCAACAUUUUGUAUGAAUAAAUG